AUCUUCUCUACAGUCAAUUGCACUCACUAAACAAUGCAGUCUAACGUUUUGGUAGAUCUCAAGGAAGAAGAAUACAAGGCUUGCCUAACGGACUUCGGUUUGUCAAAUGUCCUCCGCGGACGUUUAAAAGAGUGUCAAAUUGAAGAAUCGAUUGUUCGGCCUGGUGCCAUCAGGUGGACUGCUCCUGAGUUGCUCAGGUCACGUGAUUCCCCUUCCGAUAUCAAACCGACCACGCAGAACGACAUGUAUUCCUUUGGUCGUGUCAUGUUCCAUUUGUUGACUCUGAUUGUUCCUUGGCAUGACAUUGACGAUUACAGAGUCAUUCAAAAAAUCCAAAGUGGAGAGGAUAUUCCGCGUCCUGAGGUAUCCGGGGCGACGUCUGAUGUCACAGACGCCCACUGGGAUCAUAUCGAGCAAUGUUGGGGAACUAGAGGCUUUGAAACAAGAUGAUGUCUUUGUUAGCGGGGUACAAGAAAGCCGUCAAAAUACAUUCUUGGUCGCAGAGCAGUCAAAUAUUUCUUCCGUACCAUCGUUGCAGACACUUGUUCCGUCACGCAAUGCCGUUCUCUCUAGUCCUUUAACACAUCAUCUCUUCUCUACGGUCUCGUCGCUGUCACUUGCCGGUCCUUUGAAUGUGCUGCUUUUCGGGGAGACUCAAGUUGGAAAAAGCUCCAUCAUCAACUUGAUUAUGGGACGCGACGUUGCGCAGACGUCGCCAGACGCAGCAACCUGCACAUUGCAGCAUACCUCCUACGAAGUCUGUCUUGCGGAUCGCCAAUUCAAACUUUGGGAAGUUUCCUCAAUCGAAUCAAUGGGUUUUUUCCGAAUCCUUUUUGCAAAAUGGCGCCUGAAAAAGUCAUACAAGAAGCUGUAUAGAGAUGAUGGGGUCUACCUUCUUUUGUAUUGCAUGAGGGGAUCGAGGGCUCAGAGAGCACUGAUCAAGGAUUAUAAAUUCUUCACUGACAUCGUUGGCUCCACAGCCAGUGUGGGAGGUGGCAUACCGGUCGCCGCCGUGGUCACCUCCUUGGAAGAUUAUCCUAAAGACAUGGAUGUGUGGUGGACGAGGAACAAGGACAAUCUGGAACGCCUCGGAAUGCGGUUCUCCGCACACGCUUGUAUCACUUCUCUCCCUGACGAUCCAACAUCCUCACCCAGAAUGCGCGCACGUCGACAGCGAUCAGAACAAGUUAUUCGCCGUCUUAUUUGUGAGUCCUACAGAGCAGGCACCGAAACACCUCGCAGUUGCAGUGCAGCUUUGACUCGAUGAAAGGCUGUUAAGCUUGCCUACACAAUACGGUUUUUGAAUGUCAGCCUCUGUAAGGCUGGGCCACUACACG